AGAAAAAACUGGGGACCAGACAAAAAAUAUGGCGUCGAAUUUCAAUCAAAUUGCUUCCGGUAACAAUUUUCCUGCCGGCGGUGAGAUUAAAUCGGAAAAUAAAACGGACGUAUCGGAUAAACAAACACUUCUUGCAGUUCUACAAUUCUUGAAGAAGAAUAAUCUUAAAGGCACAGAAGAGUUGUUGAAGAAGGAGACUGGUUUAGAUGAUGCAGAUGUUAAACCGGAUACAACUGGUCAAUCAGCAUCGGAGGUUUCACAUGCCUUGGCUGCAUAUAAGAGUGAUGAUGACCCCAGUUUAUAUGAUGAUCAUUACACAAACUUCAAAGUUUUCAUAGAGUCAUGCCUCGAUGUACAUAAGGUAGAGGCUAGCCACUAUCUGUACCCUGUAUUUGUACACAUGUAUUUAGAGCUGGUAUACAAUGGACAUGAGGAGCAAGCUGUGAAAUUUUUUGUGAAAUUUUCAUUGGAUCAAGAGGAGUAUUAUGUCGAAGAUUUGAACAAGUUAUCCACAGUGACAAAAGCCGAGCAUAUGAAAGGGAGUCAACUCAUGGAGAAUUUUAAGUCCAGUAAAUUUGUGCUGAAAAUGUCUCGUGACUCUUACACACAUUUGAAGAGAUAUCUACAAGAAAAGCAACUCAACCUGUUACUCAACAUUAUUCAAGAGCACUUGUUUAUUGAUGUGUUUGAUGGUAUACCAAGAACAAAGCAGCAGAUAGAUAUGACAAGUGGGGGAUUGCUGGGAGAAGCUGCAAGAGAAGCCAAUAAGACAAAGAUAUUUUAUGGAUUACUGAAGGAACCAGAUAUAAAUAUACCGGCUGAUGACGAGGAUGAAGGUGGAGGUGAUGGUGAAGAUAAACCAAAGAAAAAGAAGCAGAAGAAAGACCCACUGAUGAUGAAGAAAGCAAGAAAUGACCCAAAUGCUCCUGCAUCUACCAGAAUACCCAUGCCUGAAUUGAAGGACUAUGAUAAAAUGGAGAAGAUUAAUGCAUACAGAGAGGCCCUAAAGAGGGUGAAAAUAGGACCCAAUUCUCCGCCUUCUAUAUGCUUCUACACAUUUCAUAAUGCUGUACAGGGUUUAACAUCCGUUGAAAUAUCUGAAGACUCCAGUCUGAUGUGCACAGGGUUUGGAGACUCAAACAUCAAGAUCUGGUCACUUACGCCAAAUAAACUCCGAAGUAUGAAGCAAUUAGAGAGUUUGGAAAUCAUCGAUAAGGAA